AGCACAGAGCAGUCGGAAACGCUGCAGCAGACCACAGACUUCUCGCCACAACACCACACAACACACACCACACACUCACACAUGCACACACACACAUACAGCUAGAGGAAGAGAGAGGCAGAGGCGUAACCAGGAGAAGCAUCGUCAAGGAAAAGGAAAGCCACUCUUUUGUCUCCAUGGACACUCAACUUCCUCCAAGCAGUUCUUAGUCCGUGUAGCGCAGCAGCGGGCUCUUGCCAUCCGCUUAAUAAUUCAUCAGGUCGGUCUCUGAGCUUUGAGCCUGCAGCGCUCUCCAACUUUUCCCCUCUAACUUUCACAGCAGCAGUCGGCUGUUUCAGCAACUCUCCUUUUAUACUUCAAACGGCUGGCACAGAGGCGGUGGAGAACAGGUUCAGGCACUUUGUGAGCAUCUUGUGUGUGUUUGUGCGUGCGUGUGAGUGUGUGUGUGUGUGUGUGAGGACAGUAGGCGAAAGGUGUGCGUGUGUGUCAUCUGGGCAUCCUGCUCGUCUCAUUCUUGGACUUGGAACCCAUUGUUAAAAGUGCAGUUCUUGUGGGACCGGACGAGCAAGAGGCGGUGUGAGAAGCACUCUGGAGUCCCCCGAGAGGCUCGUAUGGGACGUACGCCUCGUCUAUGAGCACCGCUGCUGAAAGCAGUGUUUAGGCUGUCGUUAGGGGCUGUCUGCGCUCCCUUGGAUUCUCUCUCAUCAUGGCCGGCUGCACCAGCCGCUGCAGACAGGGGGUGCUAAAGCUCAUUCAGUCCCUCCAGAGGCUUGUUUCAGGAACCCUCAGCAAAGAUAAGAUAGAUGACGAAUUAGAGAUGACGAUGGUCUGCCAUCGGCCGGAGGGUCUCGAGCAGCUCGAGGCGCAGACAAACUUCACCAAACAAGAGCUACAGGUCCUUUACAGAGGCUUCAAAAACGAGUGUCCAAGUGGAGUGGUGAACGAGGAGACAUUUAAACACAUUUAUGCACAGUUUUUUCCACAUGGAGAUGCAAGCACAUAUGCACAUUAUCUCUUCCAUGCGUUCGACACCAGAAAUAACGGAUCCAUAAAGUUUGAGGACUUUGUGAUGGGACUGUCUACUCUCCUGAGGGGGACGGUCAGAGAGAAACUGGAAUGGACAUUUCAUCUCUAUGACAUUAACAAAGACGGAUUUAUCAAUAAGGAGGAAAUGACAGAAAUAGUGAGGGCCAUCUAUGACAUGAUGGGGAAGUACACGUAUCCAGCUUUAAAAGGGGAUGUACCAAAGCAGCAUGUGGAUGCCUUCUUUGAGAAAAUGGACAAAAACAAAGAUGGAGUUGUAACAUUGGAGGAGUUUGUACUUGCCUGUCAGGAGGACGAAAACAUGAUGAGAUCCAUGCAGCUCUUCGAAAAUGUGAUGUAGAGAAGCUCCACCAGAAGAAGAAAAGAACAAAACAGAGCGUGGGAAACGGAACGAAGGGACUUUACAUUUAAAUAUAUAUGUGCUAUAUUUCACUGAGUUCUGGGGGAAUAUGACGGCAUGAGAGGAAUGAGAGUCUGUGGGCUUACUUUUUCUCUCUCUAUUCAAAUCUUUGUAACAUAUUCAGUGUUGUUUCCCGCUGGUGUUUUGGGAAACUGCCAGCCCAGAAUCCACUUUGAUCCAGCCACGGAAGACUGCGUAUGUUUGAAAGGCAUUGUGCAUUUCCUGAGUGAGUGGUGAUGAUCAACAUCCUUCUUCCUUACGAAAAACAGAAAGCCACUCUCAAACAGUUUUUCAUUUGCUUGACCCUAGAGCUCAGGACUCUACUUUUAGUGUACCGGAACUGCAUCCGGGAGGAACGGCAGCCUCCUUUGCUUGCUUUCUUUGCCAGAAGCGCUUGCAUGAGAAAAACCAGCAGACGUGUUCCCUAUGAGUUGCUUGAAAAUAAUGCUGGCCCUCAAAAUAUCGAAUUUCGUGAUUUAUUUAUCUCUGCGAGGGGUUUAGAGGUUACUUAAUUUGAUGUUGAUUCUGUCUUGUGUUGUCAGCGCUGUUUGUUAGUAAUUGCUGUGUCCAGUCCGCCCACUUAAUGUAUGUCUACCUGUCUCAGUACUUACCAAGCCAUUUAUGCCCACCAGAUCAUAGUGAAUAAGGUGGGACUGAAGGUAAAAGUCUGUGUAUCCAAGUAUGGAUGUAAGUGAGGAGUAUUAACGAAACUAUAGAAACUGUAUUCAAUCCCAACAAAUGACAAUCUAGUCCCUGGAUCCCCUUCUGUCCCCAGAUACCUCUGCACAGUUUCAAGAAGGAGGACUGUAUUUGUAAGAGAGAAAGAGAGAGAGAGAGCGAGAAAAUAAAAAAAACAUAAAUCACAUAAUAAAGAUAAAUAAUAGUUAUUUAUGGGUCAGGGUCAGUCGUAGGACAAAUAAGCUAUGUAUAUACUUGCAAGAAUGGUGCCACAUGAAGAAAUGUCCAAUGAGGCAGAUACAAACUGUGAAAAUGAAGUAUGAGAAAUAUGCUGUGCAAUUCAAAUCUCAGUCAAAAAUGAUUAAAAACAUUUGUGGAAUAACA